AUGGCGCAGCACGAGCGUCCAUCUGCUUCGACGUCGCAAGCACGGCCGUCAAUCCACCGCCGUCGUCUGUCCACGAUCGAGUUUCAAUCGCCUCCGCCGUCACCGACAUAUUACCCGGAGUACGAGCCACAACCUCCUGUCUUGCCCAAACGAUCACAGCGAUACAUUGCAUUGAUACUUAAGCCGAUCGUUCUGCCUGCACUCGCCAUCGCAAUGCCAGCAUGGCCACUCCUCGCCGCAGCUUGUGCAAUUCCUGUCAUUGGUGUGAUGGCCAUUCCCAUCCUUCUUCUGAUUUCCGUGCUGUUGCUUUACGUCGUUGCGUGGAUCUGCUACCUCUUUUUAGCGCAAAAGGACCUUCCUGCAACCUGGACCAAUACGCAUCGAUGGUCUCCUCGUAAUUUUUGCCCCUUCUUGCCCAUCAAUCCAAUUCGGUGUGCCAAAGUUGAUCUUGCUGCCUUCCGAUACACAGUCACCGCGUUCCGUAUCAUCUUCCCAGCUAUAUUCGAUUGGAGCUAUCGCAGAAUCAUGGUCAUCGGUACCACCAAAGGCUCACGUGUUGUCAAGGAAGGCAUCCUGUAUGGCAGUCCUUCGCGAGGCAAAAGGCUUGAUGUCUACCUUCCUGCCGAUGCGCCUGCAUCUUCUCACCAACAUGCAGGUGCAGGUGCAGACGCAUAUCGUUCUGGACAGUCUGCUGCUUCCUCAUUCUCCAAUGGUGUGCCCGUCAUCGUUGUGAUCCCAUCGAUGCUCGGCCCGCUCGCAGUCACCUCCAAGCGCAAACUGUACCUCCAACUGGCCCUGCGCUUACGCCGAAUGGGCUACUGCGUCGUCGUAGCCGACAUCACUUACUACCCUGAAUCUCGCAUCAAGUCAAGCGUCAUCGACCUGCGCCUAGUACUCCGCUGGACAGCCAAGAAUUGCCAACGCUACGGAGGCGACCCUUCCAAAAUUUACGUGAUGGGCCACGGUCUCAGUGCGCAUCUCAUCAUGCUGACCAUCUCGCAAGAAGCUGUUGUUCUCAGUAGGGAGGGUCAUCUCGACCGCGCCUACGAGCGAGAGAGGCACAUGCUUCGCGCCAAGCACAGUGGAGCAGAUGCUUCUUCAUCCUCUCACUACCGACGAGGGCAAGGUGGUGAGGGUGAAGAAGAUGAGGAAUGUUUGAAGAGUGGAGAGGUGCGCACCAGUGGGGCUGUUCGACGACACAUGCCAUCGAGCGACAUUCACUCGGAUGCGUUAGAUGAAGGAAAUGACGAGCCAGUCAGGCUUGAUUGCCGCACAGCUGAACGUAGAGGCAGCGGCGACAGACAACAAGACGACACCAACCCUGCUGCCGAAUACAGCGCGGUCUCCGAAGGAUGGGUCGAUGAAGGCGAGGACUCUACCUCCGCACCACCCGGUCUCGUCAUGGGGGCAACCACUCGUUUCGACCACCAACACCAACACCACCGUCACCAGCCACCCGUUUUCACUCGCCACCUCAGCACCUCCUCAACCUCGCGCAAAGUAGAAGAAGCAGAAUCCAUCCUUAGCUCAGACGCCUAUCGCAAAGCCGAAGAGGAAGUCGGCAAUGGCUUGCGUCGCGUCGAGAUCUACGAACCUGAAGUCGAACUUCCUGCCAUUGCGGGUGUGAUCUUGCUUUCAGGGAUCAGCGAUGUGAUCAAAGGUUUCAGAUCAGAGUCUGAACGAGGGUUGGAACAUCUCAGCUACCUGAGGAGAGCAACGGGUCCUUCACACUUCAAUUGCCUCAUUCACUCACCCGCGCACUUGCUAUAUGCGGCAAAGAACAUCAUUGACACGAGGUUGUUGCCGCCCAAGUUCUUGCUCGUCCAUGGGGGCAAAGAUUCCUGUUCGCAGAUUGAGCAGUCGACGCUACUAAAGACACUGCUCGUAGGAAUCGGCUUGCCAGACGUAAGGCUUCGAGCCUACCGCAAUCUUUCGCACAGCGAGUCGAUCACCUGCCUCUUUCUUGGUAUCUCAAGAUCGUAUACGAGAUACACACGCCAGAUCUCGGAGGAUAUAUCGUCAUUUGUCGGUCAAUAA